GCAUAGUGUUUGCAUCGCCCCAGUUCAGGUUGUGGACAUGGCGACUCUCAUGAGAUAUGUCAACAGUUCCAGAAUGGGACACCGCUCCAUUGCUCUGAAUUGUAGCGCAUCUGUUGCCAGAGCCUUUGGUGUUGCUGCAGGGAAACCAUUGCCUGCAAAGGUGAAGAUUGUGGAAGUGGGACCCAGAGAUGGUCUACAGAAUGAAAAGACCGUUGUGCCUGCAGAGGUGAAAAUCCGACUGAUUGACAUGCUGUCAGAGGCAGGGCUUCCUGUAAUUGAAGCCACAAGCUUUGUGUCUCCAAAAUGGGUUCCACAGAUGGCAGAUCAGGUGGAAGUCAUGCAGGGCAUCCAUAAAAAGCCAGGAGUGAACUACCCAGUCCUCACCCCUAAUCUAAAGGGCUUCCAAGCUGCUGUGAAAGCAGGGGCACAGGAGGUGGCUAUAUUUGGCGCCGCAUCAGAGCUCUUCAGCAAAAAGAACAUCAACUGUUCAGUAGAGGAGAGUCUUCAGCGCUUUGAAGAGGUCACCAAGGCAGCCAAGGAGCAAGGAGUACUCGUCAGAGGGUAUGUGUCAUGUGUAUUGGGAUGCCCAUAUGAAGGGAAAGUGUCACCUGAAAAAGUAGCACAGGUAGCAAAGCGGUUAUAUGCCAUGGGCUGCUAUGAGAUCUCUCUUGGCGACACCAUCGGUGUGGGCACUCCAGGAGGCAUGGGCGAGAUGCUGGAGGCAGUAAAGCGUGAGGUGCCAGUGGACGCCCUGGCUGUGCACUGCCAUGACACCUAUGGCCAGGCCCUGGCCAACAUCCUGGUAGCACUACAGAUGGGAAUUACUGUCGUGGACUCGUCUAUAGCUGGACUUGGUGGUUGUCCAUAUGCCCAAGGAGCGUCUGGGAACGUAGCCACCGAAGAUGUGGUCUACAUGCUGCAUGGACUUGGAAUUCAAACGGGAGUUGACCUUCAUAAGCUGAUGGACGCUGGUGCAUUUAUCUGUCAGUUCCUGAACAGACGGACCAGCUCGAAAGUGGCCCAGGCUUCCUGCAAACUCUGAGCCCCAUUCAUGCAGAGGCCUAGCUGGGGUGAAGUCACCAGUCUUCAAUCAAACAUUGACCCUCAGGUGUCAGGGUGACUUUCGACUGGCUAGAGUGAUGCCCUGCAUUUCCCCCUGUUCCACCUAUUGGUAUCCGUUAAAGGUUGCCGCUCAUUUGAUGUGAAAGACCCUGACAUGGCACAAACAGCAUAGUGAAUGUUUAACAGCUGCAUGGUAAAACUCAUCACAGGAAUCCUGUGUCUAAGCAGCUGUUGAUGUUUCAGGCCAGUGGAAUUACAAAUCUAAACAGGUUUGUGGAAACAUGUUUCUCUUGAGUGCCUUGUGUUAUUCACAUAUUUUGUGCCUUUUAACUCCUCCUCCUCCUCCUCCUCCACCUACUAUGGAAUAUAGAAAGUAUGGUCCAUCAUGUUGUAACGGUUUAGUUUGUACACAGUAAAUCAUGGUUGUGAACACACUGCUACAUACUGAGACUAAUGAGAAUUUUAUUUGGUAAAACUUUGUAAAACUACAAAAGAGAUGUGGUGUGCUAAUAGACCAAUUACAUAGACCAGUCAACUGAAAGUGAGUUAAGCAACUGGAGGUUUUUAUGGCCAAUGUGUGUGUCUCGCUGAACCUGAAAAAAAACAUGCAGAUAUUCCUAAAAUACCACUUUGAAUAUAACAGAUUGAAUAUAAAUGGGUCGGCUUCACUGUGCAGCUUUAUCAAAUAAAAUAUGACGACACUGAUUAUGCUUGAACUGAAAUGACCCCAUGAAGUUAUUGCUUUGUACUUUAUUUUUUAGGGAACCAAGAAAAACACAAACCCUUUCUUGCACCUUUUGUGUUUGUGCAUGUGUGUGUUUUUUGUUUUAAUUAAUGUAUGUCAGUAAUUCAUGUGAGACAAUGGAAGAUACUGAAUUUGCUGAGUAACCAUGUCUGGAAAAAAAAUGAGCGUUGUGUUUUUAUGUAACCAUAAAGAAUAUCUUUGAUGUUUUUGUGUUCAGUAAAUAAAAACAUGAUUUAAAGGCAUUUUAUUUAUCUACAGUUGUUGUAACAAUAAUUGUUCCAACAGUAGGAUGGGGUUCUUGGUGGUAAUUUUAAGCAGAAGGCAGAUGUUUCUUGUACUGAUAAUAAAGAUUUAUGCACAAUAUUCAUCUUCAA